AUGACACCCGCGAAAACUUUCGGUGUGUGUGUGUUAAUAGCUCUGGGAGCGAAAUUGAAGAACAAAAACCUAACGGACGACACGGCGGGAGUCGCCGGGAAUGCUAAAAAGCUUUCGGCGUAUCUAGAUCCCGAAAAGGUUGCUGAGACUGUUUCGGCGAUGGGGAAAGGAAAUCAAAUAGUUGGGUUAUCGUUGGAAGAGGAAGAUGACGAUGAAUCGUAUACCUUAAGGUCAUCUCGGUCUUAUGCGAAGCCGAAAUCGAGGUCCUCCUCGGGUGGUACCAGAACAAAUCCUAGAGCGUUGAAGAAAGCUCGACUUUCGGGUGCUCGGGCGAGUAAAGAGCCGAGUCACGUAGACAAGGCGUCCCGAGUUUUGCUUUUGCAGAUCAGAUUGUCUUUCGAAGAUUUCGACAAAGCACUGAGCGGGUUCAAGGCAUCUCCUGGCUAUGAAAGGAACAAGAAUACGGAUUUAUGGGUUGACAAAUACACGCCUCGCACCUUGGAUGAGCUUGCUGUUCACAAAAAGAAGGUCGAACAAGUUAAACUGUGGUUUGAAGAAAGUUUGGAUUUCUCAAAGCAUGAUGGUUUUAGGAAUAAUGUUCUACUAGUCACGGGGCAAGCUGGAGUCGGAAAAUCUGCUACUAUCCAUUUGAUUGCGUCUACCCUUGGAGUCACGGUGUAUGAGUGGAACGCUCCUAUUCCUACAGUCUGGCAAGAACAUUUGCAUAACUCAAGUUCAGGACUCAAGUACACAUCGAAGAUGGAUGAGUUUGAAAACUUUGUUGAGAGUACUAGAAAGUACGGGGUGAUUGCUUCGUCGAGUACUGGGGCAACAAAACCGCGUGUUGUUCUAUUGAUUGAUGACCUUCCUCUAGCCAAUGGGAGGCAGGCAUUUGAAAGGCUGCAAAACUGCUUGAUGCUCUUGGUGAGAUCAACGCAGCUGCCAACAGUGGUAUUAAUCACUGACUAUGUUAAAGCAGACUCUUCUGACCAGAGUGCGCGAAGCAUGGAGGACGUAACGACUGUGGAGAUUGAUCAGAUGGCGAGUGCCAGUGGAGGAGACAUCAGACAUGCUAUUACGUCUUUGCAACUCUUCUCCGCUAAGCCAGAACUGAAUCAUACAAAGAUGAAAUCACCAUGGCCUGGCGUGGAUAGCAGUUAUCAGGGAAAUGAGCAGACAAUGGACAGUGGAAUAUCUUCCUGUUUUGGUAGAGAUGAGACCCUUUCCUUGUUUCACGCCCUGGGAAAGUUUCUCCACAACAAAAGAGAGACUGAUAGUGUUAUUGUAUCAGAUUGCAGUGACUCUCUUGUGCAUGACCAGUUUGCAAGGUUACCACUGAAAAUGGAUGCGCCAGAGAAGGUUCUUAGCCAAGCUCAUGGACAAGCAGGGCGGGUUGUGGAUUUUCUACAUGAAAAUGUGCUAGAUUUUGUGAGUGACGGAGCCAUAGAAGAUGCCUGGUGCAUGUCUUCGUAUAUGGCGGAUGCUGAUCUCCUUCUCGCAGCUUUAAGAGGAAACAUAAGUGGGCAUAACAAAUCAGAGGACGUUCUACAGUCAGCUGGUGCCUCGGUUGCUGUUCGUGGUGUGUUGUAUGGAAACAAGCAGCCAUGGUCGUCCAGAUGGCACGUGAUUCGCAAACCAAAACUCUGGCAAGUGGAACAAUCCUCAAUACAAACCAAGAAGAAUCUGAGAGAGCAAAGGAACAUAGGCUCUGAGGGGUUAAGAGUGGCGGAUAUGUCAGUGAUGGCCACAGAGUACAGCCCCGCGCUGAAAUGGCUAAGCUACAGGGCAUCUCCAGAUGUGUUUGCAGAAAUGGAGGAAGAGACGGAGAAUGAAAUUUCUGAAGAUGAUGAUGAAAUACAAGACUGGUGA